AUGCUUGCGUACGAAAGUGUGUUGGAUCCGGAACCACAACAGCGGUUCACGCAGGCAUCCGGUCUACCACGUCCGCUUGGUAAGGUAUCACCAGAUCAGCAGAUGACAGGCGACACACCCAGUCCGACUGUUUCCCCUGCAUUCGCCAAGCCAACAUUCGCAUUUGACAGCUCCAGACACCUCAAGAUCUGGGGAUAUCGGGAGGCUGCGGCAUGCGCCUCACGGAGUCUGGACGCGGCAAUGCGAAAAUUGGCAAAAAACGUGAUGGGUGAGGUGACAAGAAUCCUGCGAACUGGUGAUGGGCGGCGUGAUUUGUGCUCCGUGCGCACGGUUUGUGGUGUGAUGUGCCAAGCCCGAAUCGUCGCAACUCGCCGAUGGACGACAACGAACCUCUUUCUUUGUUCAGUCCUUUGCGAUCUUAUUCCAGAUUUCAAUCUUGUGGGAGUGUUUCUGAUCGAUUUCAGUGGCAUCUUGCCCCUGCCGUACACAAGCACGCAGUAUACCGACAUCCGCUCCAUGAAAUUCUGGUCGACCCAAGAAAGUGUUUCGUGGUUGAUACUGCAACAAGCAUAUGGCUCCGAACUAAUCUGGGACUUUGAGCAAUACCAACGUAUCGACAGGGCGUCCAAUGUGUCAUUUGACUCAACAUCAUAA